AUGCGAGGUGGGUGGAAUGGGUUGCAAGCUUUGGUUUCAAAUGAUUGUCCAUAUGCCUACUACAUUCAUUGUUUCGUACAUCGUUUGCAAUUGGCAUUAGUGGCGGCAUCAAAGGAAGUUAUUCCUAUUCAUCAAUUUUUUACUAAUUUGACUUUUAUUGUCAAUAUUAUUUGUGCUUCGUGCAGUCGAUUUGAAGAAUUGCGGAUUGCCCAAACUGCUGAAAUUGCUUACCUAAUUGAAAUUGAUGAGAUUCAGAGUGGAAGGGGACUUAAUCAAAUUAGUAAUUUACAACGGGCUGGAGAUACUCAUUGGAGUUCUCACUUGAGAUCAGUUUCUAGCUUGAUCAAAAUCUUUAGUCCAGCUUGUGAAGUUCUUAAAAUAAUUGAUGUAGGAACUACUUCUUCCCAACGAGUAGAAGCAGAUUCAGUUUAUCAGGUAAUGACUUCAUUUGAAUUUGUCUUCAUCUUGCACCUCAUGAAAGAAACAAUGCAGAUCAUUGAUCAUCUAUGUCAAGAAUUGCAAUCAAAAUAUCAAGAUAUUUUAAGUGCCAUGAAUCUUGUUUCAUCCACUAAAGAAUAUAUCCAACAAUAUAGAGAUGAUAAAUGGGAUGAUUUACUUACCAAUGUGAAGUCAUUUUGCGAGAAACGCAAUAUAGAUGUCCCAGAUAUGAGUGCUCGUUAUGUUGAGAGACGAGGUCGAGCUCGCCACCAACAAGCCGACUUUACAAUUGAGCAACAUUAUCGAGUGGAUAUUUUUUGUGCCUCAAUAGAUUCUCAAUUGCAAGAAUUAAAUCGUCGGUUUACUGAGCAUACAGUGGAGUUGCUUAUUCUCGGCUCCGCUCUUGAUCCUCGAGCCGCACGUGAAUCUUUUAGAAUUGAUGAUAUUUGUCAGUUGGUAAACAAGUUUUAUCCACAAGACUUUACUGAUCUUGAAAAGGAACAGUUGGAAAUAGAACUUAACCAUUAUAAGCAUAAUGUAGUUCAACAUUCGAGUUUCCAAGCAUUGUCAAAUAUUUCUGAAUUGUGCCAAUGGUUGGUUAGUACCGGAAAAUCAACUAUCUACCAACUUGUUUUUCGAGUUAUUGUACUUGUGCUUACUCUUCCCGUUUCUAACGCAACUACAGAACGAGCAUUUUCAGCCAUGAAUAUUGUCAAAACUAGGUUUCGCAACAAAAUUGAAGAUGAGUUUUUUUACGGAUUCUCUAAUGGUGUAUAUCGAAAGAGAAGUUGUUGCAACAAUUAG